CUCUCUUUGUCUGAGCAGCUUAACUCUACUUUCCUCUCUGCAGCAGUUCAGCAGCAAAGUCAUGGGAAAUUCACCACCAACUCCUCGGCGUCCUCCAGUCCGACGUUAUUCUCCACCACCACCUCCUUCUCCCACUUUUAGAACUCCGUGGAGAAAGUUAGAGUGGAGAAACACUCAGUAUGAUCUGCAGUACGUGAAGGAUUUUAAACCUGAACGAGAUGCAGUGAGACAACUCCGAGUUUUGCUCUAUGGGCCAGUCGGUGCUGGAAAGUCCAGCUUCAUCAAUUCUGUCAGCUCUGUUGUACGAGGGAAAAUUGUCAAUACAGCGCUGGCCAGUGCGACAAACUACGAAGGAGCAAGUUUCACCAAAAAGUAUGAAACCCAUAAAAUCAGGAAAGAAAGCUGGAACAGCUAUUACCCCUUUGUCUUCAAUGACAUCAUGGGUGUGGAGGAAGGCAGUGGGAGAGGAGUCAGAGUGGAAGACAUCAAACUGGCCAUGAUGGGACACGUGAUGGAGAAUUACACGUUCAACCCUGUAUCCUCGCUGUCUCCUUCUGAUUCUGGCUACAACGCUGCACCAUCUCUGGAUGACAGAGUCCAUGUUCUGGUUUGUGUCUGUUCUGGAAACACAGCAGAUAUUUCAGACUCAGUUUUAAAGAAGAUGAGGGAGAUCAGAGAAGCAGCCAGCGACCUGGGUAUUCCCCAACUGCUUAUUGUCACCAAACUUGAUGAAGCCUGUCCUGAAACUGAAAGGGACCUGCAGAACAUCUACAAGAGCAAGUUUGUAAAGAAAAAGUUGACGCAGCUCAGCUGUGAACUGGGGAUUCCACUCAACUGCAUCCUUCCUGUGAAGAACUACAGUCAUGAAACCAGCCAGGAUGCAGAUGUUGAUGCUCUGAUCCUGAACGCUCUGAGACUCAUUCUUGACUUUGGAAAUGACUUCAUUGAGAAAUUGUAAACCUGCAGAAAAUGGUGCUGUCAUACACGACAAAGUUGACAUUGUAGAGAAUUGCUUUUUCAUUUAUGUCUAAAUACAUUUCUCCUCAGGUUAAAGAACCCAUAAGCUGUGGAUUCAUUAUGCUGAUUCCGUUUUCCGAAUGUGCAACAUGCAGUCGAUACGUUGGAUAUCGCUACAUAUUUAAAUUUAGGUUCAGAUCCUUCUCAGCACACGGCUCGAUUUAACAUGUGCUGGAUUGAAAUUUGAUACAACAAUCAUUUCAACACAAAAAUUGCAGGUUUCAAUCAAAGAGAAUUUGUAGAAAAAAAUGAUUGUUGCACAAGUGAGUUUCAUUUUUAGUUAAAGCAUGUUCAUGUUAUCUGAACAGUGAAUUAAUUUGCCAAUAAUUUUUUCAAUAAAAUCUGUUAAAAAAAAAAAAAAAAAAAAAAAGAGGAGGUGUGAGGAGGUAAAUUGACUGUGCUGCAAAUAGCAAAUAUAAAGACAAGGAGUUGCUGAUCAUUACAAUGUGAUAUAAAGAAGUCUGUUUUUGCUUUUCAUUUAUUUUCUGAGACUUGCUGACAUAAGCAUCCUAGUAAAGUUGAUUCAGUUUGAAAAUACUCAUAAAGCAUCACACCACAGAGAAUUUUGUCCUACAAGACAUCUUUAAGGACCCUUUACAAGCAAAACUGUGAUAUCCAAGCACUAGAAACCAUUAAAGUGUUAAGUUUGAAGUGGAAAUAUAGAAAAACAUGGCAACGCUUGAAAUGUAUGAACCAAGAAUUAUAUAAUUUGAACAAUAAAAUAUCGAAGACAAACAUUA